AUGAAUAGUUGUGGAGGAUUAGUUGGUACUGGAGUUGGCUCAUACGAUGCCAAAAUAGCUGGAUUGUAUGACUUACUGGAUACUCUUGGAUCUGGACAUUUUGCUGUUGUGAAGCUAGCAAGACAUGUCUUUACAGGAGAAAAAGUCGCUGUCAAAGUGAUAGACAAGAGUAAACUGGAUGAUGUUUCUAAAUCACAUUUAUUUCAAGAGGUGCGUUGUAUGAAGUUAGUGCAGCAUCCAAAUGUAGUAAGACUAUAUGAUGUGAUUGAAACAGAAACAAAAUUGUAUUUAAUAUUAGAAUUAGGUGAUGGAGGUGAUUUAUAUGAUUAUAUUAUGAGACAUGAAUCUGGCUUAUCGGAAUCUCUUGCCCGUGAUUACUUCAGACAAAUAGUUCGUGCAAUCUCAUAUUGUCACAGGUUACAUGUUGUCCACCGGGAUUUAAAACCUGAAAAUGUGGUCUUUUUUGAAAAACUAGGUGUAGUGAAAUUGACUGAUUUUGGUUUUAGUAAUAAGUUUUGUCCAGGGCAAAAAUUAGAGACUUCAUGUGGGUCAUUGGCUUAUUCUGCACCUGAAAUACUUCUUGGUGAUUCAUAUGAUGCACCUGCAGUAGAUGUGUGGUCCCUUGGUGUUAUUUUAUAUAUGUUGGUGUGUGGUCAAGCACCCUUUCAAGAAGCAAAUGACAGUGAAACAUUGACUAUGAUAAUGGACUGUAAAUAUACGAUCCCACCGAAUAUCUCAAACUCUUGUAAAAGAUUAAUUGGAAGAAUGCUUGUAAGAGAGCCAGAAAAACGAGCUACCUUAUCUGAGAUUGCCACUGAUCCUUGGGUAACAGCUGGUGAGGGUGUCACUGUGGAAGAUUUUGAUACACCAUUAGUAACCAAACAGGACAUAGCACAAGAAGAUCGUGAAAAUAUUAUACAAAUUAUGGUGGAUGGCAAUAUUGCCUGUAAAGAAACCAUACAGGAUGAGUUAGAAAAAAGUGAAUACAACCAUAUUACAGCAACAUAUUAUUUACUAGCAGAAAGGCAACUCAGAUCCAAAAGGCAAGAAGCUAGACAAAAUUCCCGACGACCUGAGGCACUGCCAAUAACUCGUGGAGGGAGAGGUCUGCUUGUACCACCACAGUUGCCGGCUGCUCCACGCACUCCACAAGAUGCACCUCCAAGGUCUCGGAAGUGCAGCAUAGUGCGGGAAGAAGAAGACGAUGAAGAAAGCUCUGUUAGUAGCGCUGCACGCGUUCAAGAAUCUCGACGCGGAUCACGUUCAGAGGGACGGUUACAACUCGCCAGGCCUGCACAACUUGCCGAUAAUCUUACAAAGGUGAAUCUCGAUGAUGGUGUUAAAACCGGCAGACUGAGUAUAGCCCAAGAUAAUAAUAUGCUCAGCAAAGCGAGUGUAGGCACCAGAGCUCCACCGGCGCCGCCGCCUGCCCGUCGCCAGCGUGUCGAGUGCCGUCGUCGGCGCCCCAGGGCUGGCUCCUGUUCGUCAUCAGAUCUUUCUGACGAUGAUUCAGAGAAGAAGAAGCGAGCCCCCGAGCACGUUGAGCCGCUAGUGGAAAGACCUCGUCGGGACUCCCACGACGACUCGAGUGACAGCCAAGAGCGCGGCGCUAGGCCAGCUGCUAGACCACCGCAUAGUACUGCGACUACGGGAAGUGGGACUGCGGAACGUAGCAAUUCUGGUGGUGGAAGUGGUGCGACAGGGGGCGGCGGUGGUGGUGCCACAGGUGGUGGUGCCACAGGUGGUGGCGACGCUCGAGGAUCAAAUGGCGGCAGGCGUCGCCGCGCAGCGCGUAAAGAGAACCGCCUGCGGGAGUCUCGCUCACUUAAUCGGAUUGCUGAGGUGGAGGAAGCGAGCGCAGCUCGGUGGGGAGGUGCGGGCCUAGUCGCUCUAUGUGGCCGGCCGUUUCUGCGUCUUCUCGCUGCAGCGCGUCCGCCGCCGUCCGCACGGCGCCUGCAUGGUCUAUGCUAA